AUGUCUGACAGUUCAGACCUCCAGGAGAAGGGGAAUUCUCCUCACCAAUCUUCUUUUGAGUCUACAGUGCAUGGAGACGAGGAACAACCCCAACAGGAGGAUACAGUUCCUCAAAUUGCAGCUCGUGAUGAAGUGAGCGAGCAACCCAGCAUGUCUUCUUUUAGCGAACGGUGGAGAUCUGCUAGUCAGCGAAUUCGAGAACGCAGUGCGACGAUAGCUGAGGCUCUGGGUCGUCCACACGAGAGAGACGAAGAUGGAUUGGAAGGUGCUGGCUUCUCAACUGAGGAUUUCGGUGCCACGGAUGAUCUGAAGAGCUUUGCCGCGCGUCAAGCGAAGGAUGAGGAGGAUAAAACAAAGUCCUUCGAUCAUGAUGCCCAGGCUCAGCUUUUGAUUAAGCAUUUGGGUCUACCGGGUGGUCAUAGUCGAAAUGAAUCCUCGGAAUUCCCUUCGGGUGCCACAACUCCAGGGGAGAGUGGCGCCGCUACUCCUCUCAAUGGCGGUCUUCUGUCUCAAUUGCUGCGCGUUUAUGCCAACAAUUUGGAGACAUCGAGCCGAAUGAGUCUUGCGACGACUUCCUUCGAAACGGAUCCUGAUACGGAGACCCUCCCACCUAAACCACACGAUACGACGAACUCGGGUAUUACCACCCCAGGAGGCAAGAAGGAGAAAGUUAAAUGGUACAAUAACGGUGCUGCGACGCCUGACAAUGGUAGCAAGAAUGGCAGUAAAUUUAACUUGCCGCUGAAGACCCCGAAGAAGCAGAAGGAGUCGGGCCAUCACUAUACCUCUUCUCUUAUCUCCGCAUCCAUGGGAAUGGGUCGGGUCGGUAUGCCUGCUGCGGAGGGACCGGCUCCUAUGAGCCACAGGGAACGCAGGAAGCAGAAGCGCAAGAGCCAGAAGAAUGUCAAGUUGACAGUGCAUAUUGCGGCGAUUCUGGCUCGUCAGCAGUACAUCAUGCAGCUUUGUCGUGCGCUGAUGAAGUAUGGUGCACCUACUCACCGUCUUGAAGAAUACAUGACCAUGACCUCCAAUGUGCUCGAAGUGAAGGCCCAAUUCAUGUACAUCCCCGGUUGUAUGUUUAUGUCCUUUGAUGAUGCUCUGACUCGCACGGCCGAGGUGAAGAUUAUCCGUGUUGUUCAAGGACUGGAUUUGUCUCGUCUCGCGGAGACUCAUAAUGUCUAUAAGAACGUCGUCCACGAUGUCAUCCCCGUUGAACAGGCUACGCAGGAUCUUGAUGAGAUCAUGCAGAAGAACCCUCGAUACAAUAAAUGGCUCCGUGUGCUUUUGACCGGUCUGGCCAGUGUGUGUGUAGGCCCCUAUGCCUUCUCCGCACGACCUAUCGAUCUUCCAAUCAUUUUCUUACUUGGUUCUAUUGUUGGCUUCAUGCAGCACAUUCUGGCACCAUCUUCAUCAACAUACUCCAACGUGCUGGAAGUGUCAGCUGCUAUCCUGACCUCCUUCCUGGCCCGUGCAUUUGGCAGUAUCCAGCAUAACGGCGUGCGAGUCUUUUGUUUCCCUGCUCUAGCCGAGUCCGCCAUUGCCAUGCUUUUACCAGGUUUCUCCGUGCUGAGCAGUAGUCUGGAACUACAAUCGCAUCAAAUGAACGCAGGUUCCAUCCGAAUGGUCUUCACUAUCAUUUACUCCCUGUUCCUGGGAUACGGUGUAACCGUCGGCACGACAAUUUAUGGUCUAAUGGAUGGCAACGCCACAGACCAAGAAACCUGUCCCAAUUCCUCCGAUCCCUGGGGAAAUGAAUACAUCCAAAAAUUUCCAUUCGUCGUACUUUACGUCUCCUUCGCCGCGCUCCUCAACCAAGCAAAAUUUAAACAGCUACCGGUUACUAUCCUCAUCGGUAUCUCGGGCUACGUCGCGAACUACUUUAGUACGAAACGACUCGGUUCGAACGAGGUUGCUAAUACGGUUGGAGCUUUCACAAUGGGCCUUUUGGCCAAUCUUUACAGCCGUGUUUGGCAUGGUCAUGCUGCCGCAGCUAUUAUUCCUGGUAUCUUCACUCUCGUCCCAUCAGGUCUUGCUUCUUCAGGCUCGAUUAUUUCGGGUCUGGAGUAUGCGGAGGAAGUUGCGAAUAAUACAGCAAGUAGCUCGGAUGGAUCUACGAGUGAAAGCUCCCUUACUUCGCUGGGUUAUGGAAUGAUUCAAACUUCCAUUGGUAUCUCUGUCGGCCUUUUUGUUGCAGCGCUGAUUGUUUAUCCGCAUGGAAAGAAGAGGAGUGGAAUUUUCAGUCUUUAG